GCGCCCACUCAUCGCUCUCGCUCUCACAACACGAGUGCCGCCGCCACAGGCGACGCAACGAGGGGGGAAUGGCCACGGCCACGGCAGCCACCGCGGCGGCUAGAGCCGCGUUGCUGCUCUCGCUGGCGCUAGCGCUUCUGGUCCCCGGGGCCGCGGGCGCGGAAGGCGACUGCCACUUCCCGGCCGUGUUCAACUUCGGCGACUCCAACUCGGACACGGGCGGGCUGUCGUCGCUCUUCGGGGCCGCGCCACCGCCCAACGGCAGGACCUUCUUCGGCAUGCCCGCCGGCCGCUACUGCGACGGCCGCCUCGUCAUCGACUUCAUCGCUGAAAGCCUGGGAAUACCUUACCUCAGUGCCUACCUCAACUCGAUAGGAAGUAACUUCUCACAGGGAGCCAAUUUUGCGACAGCCGGUUCAUCAAUCAGAAGACAGAAUACAUCUUUAUUCCUCUCUGGUUUCAGCCCCAUUUCCUUGGACGUGCAGUCCUGGGAAUUUGAGCAAUUCAUCAACAGAAGCCAAUUCGCCUAUAACAACAAAGGUGGUAUCUACAGGGAGAUCCUGCCAAAGGCUGAGUACUUCUCCCAGGCGCUUUACACAUUCGACAUCGGCCAAAACGACAUCACCACAGACUACUUCGUUAAUAAGACCACUGAAGAAGUCAAAACCAUCAUCCCUGAUCUGAUGGAGAGACUAACAUCAAUAAUCCAAAGCUUGUACGGGCUCGGGGGAAGGUACUUCUGGAUCCACAACACGGGUCCGCUCGGCUGCCUGCCGUACGCGCUGUUGCACCGCCCCGACCUCGCCACUCCCACGGACGGCGCCGGCUGCUCCGUCGCCUACAACAAGGUCGCGCAACUCUUCAACCUCAGGCUGAAGGAGACCGUGGCGAAUCUCCGUAAGACGCACCCUGACGCCGCGUUCACGUACGUCGACGUCUACACCGCCAAGUACAAGCUGAUCAGCGAAGCCAAGAAGCUCGGCUUCGACGACCCUCUGCUGACCUGCUGCGGGCACGGCGGCCGGUACAACAUGGAUUUGAACAUCGGCUGCGGCGGGAAGGCACAGGUGAACGGGACGUGGGUCGUGGUGGGGAAGUCGUGCGACGAUCCGUCCAAGAGGGUGAGCUGGGACGGCGUGCACUUCACCGAGGCCGCGAACAAGUUCGUGUUCGACCAGAUCGUCGCCGGCGCGCUCUCGGACCCUCCCGUGGCGCUGAGGCAGGCGUGCCAUAGCAGAGGGCAAUGAACCGGUGUGUCACUCGUCGGGCUGGCUGUUCAACUGGGGUUGCCGCUGCUUCUUGUUUUGUAAGUGUACAUUGGACAAGCUCGCAUGCUCGAGGCUGAGGUCUACUGCUUCAUUUUGUAUUAAGUAAGGGAAAUGGAAAUAACACCAAAGAGCAAUGCAGCUUCUUGUCAAAUUGCCGUUGGCAAGGGUUUCAGUUCCCACCACCAUCUAGCUCUGCAGCAUGUUCAAGUGUUAGACAUGCAACUUUUACAUGUAAUUGACAGUUACAACUUGCAUGGAGAAGUUGAACAGAUACUUACUAGA